UUUUCGGAUUGGCGAGCAAUCAGUUACGGGCACCGUACGCUGAAAAAAGGAAACCAGAAAGAAAACAGACACAACUCAACACGAUGUGGAUCGCGAACGAACGCACUAUCUGCGCACUGAUGCCACUGGUGAUUUUGGCGACCUGGCAGCUGUGCCUUGUUCCCGGGACGGAUGCCAAGCACUUGGCCAUCAGAUUGCGCGACCCUCAAAGCGAAAUCGAAUCGGAAACUGUGCCCCUAGCCCAUGUCCACAGCCACAGCCACAGCCAAGCGCGCGAGAGUGGCGUUCGCGCUGCUGCAGUGCAUCGUCGGGAGCGGCGGCAACUCUCCGAUUGGCUAAUUGCGCCCAACACGCGGUGGUGCGGACGCGGCAACCUGGCCAAUGGAACGUACAACGAUCUGGGCGGCGCUUCAAAGGCGGACAAGUGCUGCCGGAAGCACGACCACUGCAAAAUGUGGAUCGAUGGCAUGUCGAAUCGCUAUGAUCUCUUCAACUACCGACCGUACACGCUGUCCCACUGCAGCUGUGAUCUGCGGUUCCGCACGUGCCUGAAGAUGGCCGGCGACGAGGAUGCGAACGCCAUCGGAAAGCUCUUCUUCAAUGUCGUGCAGACGCAGUGUUUCGGCCUGAAGUCCGAGACCGUGUGCGUUCAGCGGGGCGGUUCCGGAAAGGAGUCCGAUCCGUGCCUCAAGGAGGAGGUGCGUCACAAGGCCUUCCUGCGCGACAACAAGCGGUUCUAAGAGUGCUAGUUGGCCUACGACGACCGGCAGGAAUUUGUGUAUCCCAAUGUCGCCUGUCCGCAAAAGGAGCUAACCAAACAUACCGCCACAUAGUGCUGCAAUUGAGUUUGAAACUCAAUGGGAGAGCAUGGCAAAACACCAUCAUCAUCCGUACUCAGAUGAAUAGAUUGUGGAAGGAGGAGGAGGAGAAAAGGAGAGACAGCCAGAGACAACCCGUCAAUGUAUUAAGCUAUAUACCAACAUAUUUAUAUGACUGUCAAGUGCUAUUAUAAUGCGUAGUAGUCGAUACGAUGUACUAACACACCUAGUUGUAGUCACUCAAUCUAGUUUAGGCCGACGAAUCGAUAACAGGCUGCCAGAAAACCAAGUUUUUUUUAAAAACUAGCUGUAGACCCCGUAGAUACCCUAUAAACCACUGUGCGUAAUUAGUUGUAGGCGUAGUAACUUAAUAAAUGAAAUUUCCAAAGAGUAAAA